AUGAUAACUGGAAGGGAGAAGGAAGACAAAGCUGUCCUUGGACUGUCACAAGAGUGGAAAAGUGACACUCCACGAGAGGUGACAGCGCAGGAAGGUUCGUGUGUACAGAUUCCGUGUCAUUACAGUUAUCCAGCACAUUUUGAAAACAAACGACGAGUCGGAAUCUGGUUAAAUAAGGAGAAAUACAAAUUGCGGGCUUCCAUAGCCUUUCACUCCAAGGAUCACAGUCACGAGUUACCACGGUUCCACCAUCGGACCCGGCUGUCUGGAGACCUGAAAGAUGGCGACUGUUCCCUGAUUAUAAACAACAUCAGACGGGAAGAUGCAGGACCUUAUUUUUUCAGCAGGAAUAGAUACAACUACUAUCCUGUAACCCAGCUUCACGUUUCUGAUUUCACAGAUAAACCCACGAUAUUCCCUGCUGAAAUUAUUGCAGGAAAGCGUGUGGAUUGUGUGGCAGAGAAUGAACACGGAGUAGUGGAGGGGUUCAUAACCAUCAAUGUGGAACAUCCCCCACAGGAGACCAUGGUGUCCAUCAGCAGAUCCUCAGGUGGGAUAAGAGAGGGAAGCAAUAUCACAUUAACCUGCUCCAGUGAAAGUGUCCCACCGAUAUCUCAUUACACCUGGUUCAGGAUCGAGGGGAACACCAGCACCCAGUUAAACACAAGUAGCCGCUCUCUCUCCUUCACUCCUGUAACACGGGAGAAUGAUGCAGUUUUCUACUGCACAGCAAGGAACCCAGUGGGUAACAGCACCUCCAACAUCACCCACCUGAACGUACAAUAUAAGCCGGAGAUUUCCCAGCAGUCGGAGUGCACUCGGAGGUCAGAGAGGGUCACCUGCAUCUGUGUGGCCAACUCCAACCCACCCGGAGACCUCACCUGGCACCUGCCUAGUGCCAACGUCAGUGGUAACCAAACACACGGAGGUUACGUGUCGUGGCAGGUCAGAGAUGGGCAUCUGGUGACUGGUUCCCUCACCCUGAUGAGACACCAGGAUGAGGGGGGAGUGAUGGCAUCCUGCUCGGUUCAAAACCCACACGGGGAAGCCAUGUUCAAGGUGUAUCUGUGGGUCAAAGGUAGAGACUCCAGUAAAUGGACAGUAGGAUUGCUCACGGCUGGGAUCAUGUUGAGUGUUUUCCUGGUUGGAAUAUUCAUCUUCAUCUGUGUGAGAAAGAGAAAGACAGCGAUGGAGGAGAGAGUUUCAGGGACCAGUGACAUUGCAUUGACCCCCAGUUCACUCUCUGUGAUGCACCAGGGUAAACAGAACGUGCUGAUUACUGAGCCCCAGAACACAACCAGAGACACAAUUGGCGAGGGGGAGACCCCAGCUCCCCAGGGUCUCUCUGAAGGUGCAGUGGGAGGCGAUGCUGGACGUGGGAACACCGAUAAACCUGAAGAGUUUCUCUACGCCAAUCCCCAACUUUUGAGGAUGUCCAGUGGUGAUGGGUCUGUCCACAGGGAAGAGGAGACAGAAUACGCACAGAUCAGGAGAAAGACAGCGAUGGAGGAGAGAGUUUUAGGGACUAGUGACAUCGCAUUGACCCCCAGUUCACUCUCUGUGAAGCACCAGCGUAAACAGAACGUGCUGAUUACUGAGCCCCGGGACACAACCAGAGACACAACUAGAGAGGGGGAGACCCCAGCUCCCCGGGAGCUCUCUGAAGGUCCAGUGGGAGGCGAUGCUGGACAUGGGAACCCCGACAAACCAGACGAGCUUCUCUACGCCAACAUCAACUUUUCAAAGCUGCCCAGCGAUGAGGAACUGAAGAUGGGAGAGGUCGGUCUGAUACUGAUCUUCAUCAGCUUGCUGCAAGUCGUCCUCAUGAAGAUGAAUGUCAGCCGAAGCCGUGGGUAA